AACUGCCAAAUUACGUAAAACUCAUGUGUUGCGUUUGUGUAACAAGUUCUGCGUGACGCAGAGACACACAUAUACUAGAUAUGCGCACACGAAGAAGGGCGGCUUAAUUUACACUAAAGACUCAUGAUUACCGUUGUCCACUUUUGGGGUCUUACUUUGUCAGUUGAUGCUGGUAAUUUUUCUAAGGCAAGUGGUUUGGAUGUGGAGUAGUUUCCUUGUGUGGCGCUGGUAGAGUGUCCACGAUUCAGGGUCAUAGCACUGGAGGGAGAGGCAACUUCGGACAUCAAAAUGAAUGGUUUAGAACAGGACGGAGAACGAUGGUUGACGUCGGAGGAAAUAGCGGACAUAUGGCCGAAAAUCCGAUUGAAUGCCGUGAAGGAAUUCAUCCGGGUUUACCACGAGGAUAAGGGUGCGGAGAAGAGAGAGCUCCUUUGGGGGGACGAGACUGAAUAUAUCCUGGUGCAUUUUGACCAUGAAAAGAAAACUGCAAAGGUUUUGCUAGAAUCCGAAGAGCUGUUGGAAAAAUUAAAGACUUUAGAUUCCAACAAUCUCUGUCCUACCAUGUGGCAAAGGGAAUGUGCCCGUUUCAUGGUUGAGUCAAAACCUGCUGUACCCUUUUCAGGAGACGUAGAGUCCAUACUUUCUGUUGAAGCAAGUAUGACACAAAGGAGGCAGUUGAUUUUCACUUCAAUGGGCAGUCUGGACAAAGCGGUCUUGACAAUGGGAGCCUAUCCAAGAACCGGUACUCCAUGUUUUACUCGACCUGCGCACGCGCCAAACCCCACUUCCGGCGUAAGGCGCUCUCUGUUUAUCCCCGAUGAAGUCAUUGCUGGGGCACGGUAUAAAGCUAUAACACUAAACGCCAAGUUAAAUAUGAAAGGGAGACGCACAGAACACAUACCGAUAUUCAAAGACGCCCACACUUUGGAUCCCUUUGAAGAAGACCUCUCACAGUUCGGCGACAAAGGCAAAAAUAAGGAAGAUGCAUGCACGGCCAGUAAAAUGUGUCUGGACUUUGGCUUUUGUGGAACUUGCUGCGCCCUGCAAGUGACACAGCAAGCAUCAGAUUUAUACGAAGCCAGGACUAUACACGAUCAACUAACUCCUCUUUGUCCGAUUCUCAUGGCGUUGAGUGCAGCUACCCCCAUUCACAGAGGUUACCUGUCAAACAUUGAUUGUCGCUGGCCGUUAUUUGUUCAAUACACUGACGAAGAAACACAAGAUAAUAUGUGGCAGAAAAGAAGUCCCAGUAGUCCUAGGACCACCAAAUCUCGUAUGGACUCUGUGAGUUGCUAUGCACAGCCUUGUAACUCGUGCUAUAACGACGGCCCUACGUACAUGGACAAUGGGAUAUUUGAAACACUUCUGAAUCACGGGGUAGACGAGGCAAUGUCCCGUUACGUCACCAACCUGUUCUCGCGAGAUCCUUGGGCAUUAUCUGACCGCCAAGUACAUCAGUGUGGAGAGGAAUGGUUGGACCCUAUCGACCUGUAUACGGUCGUGCAAGCAAAUAAUUACCCAUCAGUUCGAUUGAAAGUUCCGUCGCAGUCUAACGGCUGGUGCGUGGAGUUCAGGCCAUUAGAUGUACAGCUGACGGAUUUUGAAAACGCUUCAUUUUCAGUUUUUGUAGUUUUGCUGACGCGGGCUAUUCUGAAAUACGGCCUUGAUCUUGUACUGCCAAUCUCAAAGGUUGACAAAAACAUGGAAACAGCUUCAAAGAGAGACGCAGUGAGAUCAAGCAAAUUUUACUUCAGAGACGAUAUAUUUGACAAUAAAGGGUUGCGACAUGUAAGUGCCCAAAAUGGCUUUCGUCAGAUCAGUGGUAUGGAAACUAACUGGGCAAAGUUUUCUUUGAUGACAGCCGAUGAAAUAGUUAAUGGAAAGCACAACGGUUUCCCUGGAUUAAUCCCAUUGGUUAACAGAUUCUUGGACGAUCUCGACACAAUUGACGUCAAGACCAGAUUGACUGCUGAUCGGUACCUGGACUUCAUAGGAAAAAGAGCGUCCGGUGAAACGCCAACGACCGCUAGGUGGAUGCGAGAAUUUGUGAUGUCACAUCCAGCUUAUAAGCAAGAUUCCGAAGUCAGUGAGCGCAUCAAUUAUGACUUGAUGUGUCGUUGCAAUGAGUUAUCCAACACGAAGCCAGAAAAUUGGUUUUGGGAACAACAUAUUUUAACAAAUUGACAUAUGGCCAUUUGACAUGUGCAUCUGAAAUAGAAUCGAAGGCGUUUUUUAGAAAUGCUCUAUAAGGAUUGACACCAAAGCAGUGCCGCCUUCUCUAUGGGACUGUUGAUACAAGAUGAUAUAUAUAU